CCGGUUGGAGCUAGUUCUAGUACUGGUCGGACGCUUAUGUUAAGUUACAGACUGAUCUGGAGGUGUAGGCAGAGGUGUACGGUUGACCCACAUUCAUCUAGUUUCCUGAACUGUGAAAGGUUGUUUUUUUCAUCUAUCUCUGCCUCACAACCUAAAGCAACAAUGGGAAGGAGAAGCAACUCUACAAGCGUCGGUGCAAGCACAGAGCAGCCAUUGAGGAAGUCUCAACGGUUGAUGACUGAUACGCAGCCAGAAGAGAAGCCAGAAAAACCAGAAAAGACGAAGGUACCUCCCAAGGUCAAAAAGGGAGUCAAAGCAGCAAAGCCCAAGCCAGAGGAGAAGAAGGAAGAGCCCGAGGUUGAGGAGGAGGAGGAAGAAGAAGAUGAUGCUCCUGCAGAGAACGGCGAGGCAAAAGCUGAGAAGAAGAAGGCUGCAGUAGCAGAUAAAGCCGAGGACGCAGAAGAGGCGGAGGACAAGGAUGACAAGGCUGAGGAGGACGAAGACGACGACGAUGAUAAAGAAUAGUGACACACGUAGACUAGCUUGCCAGAGCCCCCUGUACCUCGUUUCUUGUACAAUGCAGAGACUAUUUUUAUCUACUAUUUUCAUAAGACUGUAAUGUUUUUAGGCACACGAUUGCAGAAAUGCAUUUUAAAAAAUACUACAAUUUCCAUUCAGUUUCAUGGCUUCUCACCCAGUGUUUCAUUGUUUGUUUUUUCCCAUUGUACUUGUUUGUUCUCUCGUCUCUCUGGCUUCUUAUUUUGCCUUUUUUUUUUUUUAGGUUGUAGUUUUCUGCGUGACAUGAAGUCAUGCCUAUAUCAGGAAUUUGAUGUUCAACUCCGGGAGAGUUUACCUGAGACAUUCCCGAGGCGUCUUGAGGGAUUUUGUAACCUGUACUGUUUUGGAAUUAAAUGCAUCAUAAUGUGUUUGAUAGGGAAUAGAAAGUUGUGAUCUAUGCUAAGACUUGUUCAUAACGUUGACUUUAAUCAUGUUCACUAGUACUGGACUUGGUUGUUUUUUUGUUUAAUGCUGUCAGUGAUGGUACAUUUGAGGAUGGUUAGACGAAUCCAUUCUCGGCUGUGCUCAAAACAAAAUGCAUUACAGAGCUAAUCAUUCUUCAUAGUUUAUCCUUUUUAGGAUUACUGUAUUUCACCUCAGUCAACAAAAUAUAUACGCCACCUAUUAGGUGGAUAUAUCCAUUGUGGUUUUUGGGAUUUCUCUACCAAUGUACAGUUUCCUCUUCUUUUUUUAAAAAAAGGACAAAAAUAGAAAAAGACAUUUUCUUUGUUAUGAAUGGUAUGAAAUGCCAAAUAAAGUGGGAGUUCCUCUGAAAUGUUUCAUCAAUUUUGUAUCGAAUUUCAUCCUGUGUACAGUCAUUGUAUUAAAAUAACUUAUCAGA